AAAAAUCUUGCAUCCGACACAUACGCUUAUAGCCAAGUAAACAAAUAUAAAAAAAGAAUAUGGCAAACUGGCGUUUCAUGUUACUGGUUGUUUUAACAGCAGUAGUAGUAGAAAGUACUAUUGCCAGAGACCUUCCUAGUGACACCAACAAAGCUGCUGUCGGUCUAACUGAACAAAAGAACAUUGUCAGUUUUGGUGGACUGGGUGGCUUUUCUGGCUUCGAUAACAACGGCCAACCCAUUGGUGGUGGUGGCGCCGGACUUGGCAUAGGCACCUCCAAUGGGAUCGGAGGUGUAGGUGCUGGUUACCAAUUUGGUGGACCUGGUGCAGCUGCUGGUGGUGUAGGAACUUUUGGAGGUCUUGCUAAUGGUUUUGCUGGCUUGCCGGCUCUAGGUGGCGGUGGAAUUGGUGGUGGUGGACCUGGUGCCGGAGAUGAUUCUGGUGCAGUUCCACUUCCUUGAAAAUGGUUGUAGUAACCAUAGCUGUGUUAGUUUGUGUUUCGAGAAGGUAUUGUUGGUUUAUUUGUUGCUUUGUGAACUAUGUCGUUCUGUUACUAGCUACCUAAACAAGAGAACAUUGUUCUUUAGUUGUAACUGCAUGUAAGGCUAUUUUUGUCAUUUCCUAUGUGGCGUAUUUGUUGAAUGUUAUAGGUUUAUUUGAACGUAA